AUGACUGUAAAACAGAAUAGACAUAAUAAGAAUACUGUACUGCUGGAUGUGUUUUUGUCGGGAGAAACUGCGAAUGUUCGAGAGAAUGAAAUGGCGUGGAUGCACUCUGUGAGCGACAUACCGAUGAAGGAAUGGUCUCUUAGACACCAAAUCGACUCAGUUGCAGUCGGCGAUCGUAUUUACUUGUUUGGCUACUGUAAGACAUGUGAAGAGGAUGGAAUGCAGGUCAUCACCUUCCAUCCAAAGACAUUCACUUGGGACGUUAUCAACCCGCCAUCCAGAAGUAAGGAAAACAUCGACAGUCUGGCGCCCAAAGACGAAUAUACUUAUUUCGUCGAAGCUCACAAUAAAAAAGUGUACGUGUGCGUUGGAGGGUAUAUGAACCUGAAAGGACACGAAAUUCACAUUUUCGACACUGCAAGUAACAGGUGGAGUUGCGUAGCUACGAUUGGUGAUGUGCCUUCAGGCGAAAUGGGGGUAUCCACAUGUGAGAACGAUGGACUGGUGUAUGUGUGCGCUGACCAUAGGGGUGGUAGCACUUAUCGCGGCGGAUCUUAUAUUUGGAGCCUGGAACUGAGCACCUUGCGGUGGAAAUUGUUAGCUAAGGAAGUGUGGGGAUAUAGUUAUGUUCCUCAAUACGCAGCUCCUUAUCAAAAUCGUAUUUAUGUGCUAUUAGAGCGAUAUCGCAGCGACAACGUCCAUAAAUUCAAAAUAAUCUGUCUUGAUUUGGCCACCAGGUCAUGGGAGUGGCUUGAACCGCCCGGCACUAAACCAUUGUCGAAACAGAACUGGAUUCCGUUCGUUCGUGGAAAUCAGCUGUACGUACUGCUCACCGAAACACGUCUUAAUGAUUACAACAUCGUCAGAAAAUUUGGCAAAAGAAGACUGAACGAAAUUGUUGUGAAGUAUUACUUUGAAUGGGAUGAGUGGGAACAAGUAUGGUUUAACGGAACUGCACCUCCUGAUGCCUUGCACUGGGUUUGUGUCGUUGAUAAUAAAUCUAUUUUCUUGUCAUUUUACAAACAAAAAGCGUAUGUGCUAGACUUUUUGCCUAGUUUGCGCAGUAUGUGUUUACAAAAAUAUCAAGAAGACCCCACUGUGAAGGAUGGCAUGGACAGGAUGGGUGAGCGGCAUAACGCCGAAUGAUUGGUCAAACCGAAGAUACGAUGGUCAAAUCUACGCUGUUACUGUCGAUCGCCAGAUUUUCAUUUUCGCCUUGAACAACACCUUCAGAAUAGAUGUUCUCCUCUUCAAUCCGAAAACCUACACCUGCACCGUCAUCCACUCGGCCGAGGAGAGCAUCAAUGAAGACUUGGCUCCUAAAUGCGAAAUAUUUCAUUUCGCUGUAGCCUGCAAGGAAAAGGUGUACUUAUGUAUUCGAGAAAAUGUGUUCCGUAGAAAAAAGAUAGACGUCUUCGACACGCGGAGUUUGCGGUGGAGCUGCUUGACGACGAGUGGGGACUUCCCUUUAGAUAUUAUGUGGGUAAGCGGGUGUGCUGACGAUGCAGCCGUAUAUAUGUGUGCUUAUUCCACGUCAAUGGGUGGAGUUUACCUUUGGGUCUUGGAUGUGAGCAAUUUGCGAUGGAAUAUUGUGACUACUGUGGUUGGACGUGACUGUAUUCCUCAUUGCGUUGUUGCUUAUAACAAUCGUAUUUAUAUUGUGCAUUCACGUGGGCUUACGGGCGUCCGCGUUUCUUAUUACGAUUUGACGUCGAAUACGAUGACCCAACUGCUCGGCACAUCACCGUAUUCAAUGAUGGGGACGAUUCAUUUAAUUCACCGAGGGGAACUAUAUGUGUUCUAUUAUAAAAAAAGGAACAACGAUGAACACUGGGAUAAUUUUGUGAUGAAGUAUUCUUUUGCUCAGGAUAACUGGCUGAAAGUGGAGUUAAAAGGUGUAACGACCCCUGAUGCAUUCGAAGCUGGAUGUAUUGUUGACAAUGUAGCGGUUUUCUUUUCCCUCUAUAACAAGAAAGCAUACAUUCUAGAUUUUCUACCUAGUUUGCGCAAUCUAUGCUUUUAUGUUGUUUGCAAAUAUCAGCUAUCAACCUUUCUACCUGCAAAUUUGGAAAGAGAAUUGUCAAAUUUACUUGUACCUUUCUGAUGAUUUCAAGUAGGAAUAGAACACACCAAUUCAUUCCGGUCUGACCUGGUUCGAUGACUGAAUCGUCGUUUAACUUUUGUAAUUCAAACCCUUCGAACGAAAAUAAGUUUAAUUGAGUACUUCCAAAUUAUCAACAUCCACUCCCUUAUUUCAAUAUUUUGGCAUUUUUGCGCAAGAGUUCUUGAUACAUGAGCUCCCUAGCCCAGUGCUGGAAAGCACAGCCCGUUAAGAAACGUACGCCCGACCCGGAGCGGCACGUACCAAUUUGCAAUUCUGCCAAUCUCUACCUCGUACCUUCGUAAUAAUCUUCAUUUCAUACUAUGCCGCAUUUCUGUUAUUUACGUGCCUUAAAAAACAAGGCCGGAAUGUGGAUCUUUACUGUACAGUGUACCGUAAUGAAAUUUCUUACCUACCAAUGAACUUAAAAAUUUGGUACCAACUUUUCUGAUUUGUUUUAUAAAACCAUCACCAACGAUGCAGUUGAUUAAAAUAAUGAGAAGGAAAUCAAUCAUUCAUGAAAAAUGUAGGUGACAGUGCCAUAUGAUUUCGAAGUUAGAUAAUUAUGUAUUUUUAAUUCUUAGAUACAAAUAAACAAUAUUUACAAAAUGACCCUUCGUUUAAGAAUUGUUCAAAUGGUAAUUGAAGUGUAUGAGAGAAAUUGUCACAUAAUACAGUGUGUUCAUUUUAUCUGUCGCCUAAGAUUCGGGCAGCGUCGCCCGGGCAGUCUGGGGCUCAUUCGUCCAGCGAAACAGACCCAACUUGCGUGCUGACAUACGAGAACUAUCGCUGCGCCACUUAACUUACAUUAAAGAAGAUACUGUAAGUGGUGUCCUUCUUGAAUGUUCUAGUGGUGCUAGAAUGCAUUAUUGGCACCUCAGGAACGCACUCUGAUUUACCGUUUGAUGUAACUCGCGAUUCAAUAGAGCACCGGAGCUCUUCCUCCGAAUGCGGAGUUUCUGCAUACACCUGAUCUUUCAAGUACCCCCGAGGAAAAAGUGACAAGGAGUCAGAUCAGAUGAUUUAGGAGGCCAUAUCCCACGACGAAUUAUUUGAUCGUCACUGUAAGCAUUAUUUAAAACGUUCUUGGCUCGAACAGCAGCAGUUGCCGAAUCAUGUUGAAAGUAACAAUAGACGCCUCAAAGGUUUUCUUGGAGAUUGUAACGUGGCAGAGAUUUUUUUCACCUGUCAGAAUAUGGCGCUUUCAACUCUUUUGUUGGUCAAUUGAAAUUCCAUGGGUGCAAAGUUUCUUUACAAACUUCAAAAUUGUCGACGGACAUGGAAUAUUCACGCCCGGAAACGUCUUAAUAACCCUCUUGCGGCACUUCCUGAAGACUCAAAUCGAACGAAAGAUGUUAAGAAAUGUUCUCUGCUUCAAAGAAAAUUUCAUGAUGCAGUUUAACGCUCUCGGGCCACUUGUGUAUCAGCCGAAGUCGCGCCGAACGACGAACUUACCGGGAUGAACGGGCGCUUGUUGACGAGUUCCCGGGGAACCGGGGGCUUGACGCGCCGCUUGCCUCGGCGAUCAUCUUCGGCGAAAGAUAAAAUGAACACCCUGUAUUACAUAGGUAUUAGUAAUACCGCGAGAAAGUACGUGCUGAUGUAAGACCUCUAGGUUUACUAGUAACGCUGUGCUACGAAAUGCUAUUGUGAACUCCCUUUUGAAUCUUGAAAUGGCAUAAGUGAAAAUUGAAUUAUAGUUUUUGUUCUUCGGGCUUGUGAAAUCCUCAGCACCGAAAAGAGUACAUCACAUACAAAGAGCUCUGUCUUCAAAAGGAAUCGGAGACCAUACUCAAAUGUAGGAAGGGACCCCCUAGGAGUGAACGAAGAUCGACGUUUUUGGUGCAACGAAUUUCGACUAGUUUUGUUCUUGUAAGAAACCCUUCAACUCACAAAGUGCCUUUUUCGAUCUACACAGGUUGUGUUGAUGUACUUGUAUAUCUGUAUUUUGUUGAAAUAAAUUUAAUAAAUUGAUUCCAACGUCAGAAGUGAUUUCUGGUGUCAGUUCAACUGAAACACUUUUUCGAAUUAUGAAUUAUUUUCAGUUGAAGAUUAUAAUUCUGCACUUAAAUAAAUGUAUUGCAUCUGUUAUCUUCUUUAUUUUAUUUUAUUGGUUUUUUAAUAAA